AUGAUUUACAACCAAGGGAAUGAGGUCCACGUCCCCAACGUUGACCUCUUGACGCUGCUCUUCGAAUUGGACGAGUGUGCUGCCCAAGAGGACACGCCUAUACACGCCGAAGCUGCCCACCCCGAGUAUUUCUUCACCAAGGCAGCCUCUCGCACUCUCGCCAAGCAGUUCGCCCACUUCUUGCGCAAGGAGUACGGCAUAGGCGCCCAUGGGGCGGGCAAGGAUGUCGUCGUGAGCGUGUCGACUGGGCAGUCUGCGCUUGCGACCUUGUUCUAUGGCGUUGUUGCCGCCGAGGGCGUAUAUUCAGCUGCUUCUGGCGCGGGUACACCGUCUGACCUGGCCAGGCAGAUUCGCCAAGGCGAUUCAAAGCUCCUCGUCUGCAGCAAGGACCUCGUCAAACUGGCCGAGAAGGCAGCGGAGGAUGCAGGCCUCUCUAAGCGCAAUGUGCUCGUGCUGGAGAGCUACCCCGAGGUCAAGCUCGGUAGCCUCGACGGCAGCACGAAAUGCGAUUUUCAGAACGAGCUGGAUUGGCGACGGAUCACCGAUCAGAGAGAGCUGGAGAAGACUACCAUCUGCAUGCUCUACUCGUCGGGCACCACUGGCCUUCCCAAGGGCGUGCUCAUCACCCACAUGAACAUGGUUGCGUCCACCGUCAUACCCACCCGUCUCUCACGGCCCUACUACGCCUCCACCGGCACGGGCUACGAGAAGAGGACUCUGGGCCAUCUGCCGACCGCGCACGUCGCCGGCGUCAUGGGCUACUUUGUCCACCCCGUCUGGGAGGCCGGUACGGUGUUCUGGAUGCCCGGCUUCAACUUUGAGGACUUUGUCAAGUACGCGGAACAGCUCCGUAUCACUGUCUUUUUCACCGUGCCACCCAUCUUCAUGGCCAUUGCGAAGCACCCGGCCGUCAAGGACCAGUUCCGCUUCAUGAAGGGCGCCAUGAGCGGCGCGGCGCCCCUCACCGGUGACUUACAGGACGCCGCCAGCAAGAAGCUGGGCCUCGAGGAGGGCAUCACACAGACGUGGGGCAUGAGCGAGACCACGGGCUCUGCGACGUACAUUCCCCCCGGGCGCACGGUGCGCAUGGGCAGCCUGGGCCCUCUGCUGCCGAAUGUCCUCAUGCGACUCGUGGAUGAUGACGGCAACGACGUGAAGAGGGGCGAGGCGGGUGAGGCGUUAAUCAAGGGGCCCAUUGUCUCCCCCGGGUACCACGAUAACGACAAGGCUAACAGGGAGUCCUACACAAGCGAUGGGUGGUUGCGAACGGGAGACAUUCUGCGCGAGGACGACGGCGAGUUCUGGGUCGUGGACAGGAAGAAGGAACUCAUCAAGUACAAAGGUCUGCAGGUAGCACCCGCCGAGCUCGAGGGUCUCCUCGCCUCCCAUCCCGCUGUCCUCGACGCGGCCGUCAUCGGCAUCCAACAGGACGACACCGAGGUCCCGCGCGCCUACGUCGUCCUGGCGCCCCCCGCCGUCGGCAAGGUCAAGGAGGUCGACUUGGCCCAGUUUGUGGAGGGCAAGGUGGCGCACUACAAGAAGUUGCGGGGCGGCAUUAAGUUUGUGGAUUCUGUCCCACGGAGCCCCUCGGGCAAGAUCUUGCGUAAGGAUGUGAGAGAGAUGAGGAAGCGAGAGGAGGGUUCCAAGCUGUAG